AUGGAUGAAAUCGAGAAGGCUUUUAGUGUGUCUGUUGACUUACAAAAGAGGGGAGUUGAGCCUAAUCAGUUCACUUUCUCUAGCUUGGUCAAGGCCUGUGCCAACCAAGCUGCACUUGAACAAGGGAUUCAACUUCAUGCUCAGGUUGUCAAGUUUAAUUUUGAUAAAGACAGUUUUGUGUCUUCUGUUCUUGUUGAUAUGCAUGGGAAAUGUGGGUUACUUGAUCAUUCAAUACAAGUUUUUGACGAGGUACCCACCCCAACUGAAGUUGCAUGGAAUUCAUUGCUAAGUGUAUUUGCAGUUCACGGCUUAGGAAAUGACGCCUUGAAAACUUUUAGUAGAAUGGUCCAGGCAGGAGUGAAACCAAAUGCAAUAACAUUUAUCAGUCUUUUAACAGGCUGUAGCCAUUCUGGAUUGGUAGAGGAAGGUUUAAAGUACUUUUACUCUCUGGAGAAAACAUAUGGCAUGGUACCUAGAGCUGGACAUUACUCUUGCGUUAUUGAUUUACUUGGCAGGGCUGGAAGGCUUGGAGAGGCCGAAGAUUUUAUUAACAGCAUGCCAAUGCAGCCAAAUGCUUUUGGAUGGUGCUCUUUUCUUGGUGCUUGCACAAUUCAUGGUGAUAAAGAGAGGGGCAUACUGGCAGCGGAGAAAUUGAUACAGCUUGAACGUGAGAAUAGUGGAGCAGAUGUUUUGCUUUCAACUCUACAUGCAAAGGAGCAAAAAUGGGAAGAUUUCAGAAGUGUGAGGAAGAUGAUGAGAGACAGCAGCAUGAAGAAAUUUCCCGGUUAUAGUUGGGUUGAUGUUGGAAACAAAACACACACGUCUGGAGACGAAGAUUUGUCUCAUCCUUAG